UUUAGACUUCUUUUCAAAUUUUCUGGAGUUAUUAUUCAAGUUGACUAUCAACUUUGCAGCUCCCACGGCAGGAGAAACACAUUACCCCAUAGCUGCAGCAGCUGAUGUAUGUGUGAGGACUGCAACCACCAUCUCUGUUGAUAGUUGUCAACAUUCAGAACCUUUCAUCGCAGCCUUGGUCCGGGGAAAGCUUAUUAUCUGCACAUAUACAUUUGAAUAUGAGUAUGAGUCUGCAAGCAUUGCAACUGUUGCAGACACCAUGAAGCAAAUAGGAGCUGCAGGUUUUAUAAUCACAGUGGAUCCUAAUAUUGGUUCUGAGCAAGUCAAAGGUACCACGCUGACACUGCAGAUCCCUGCCAUUAUCCUCAACAACAUGCAUGCAUCUUCGGCUUUAUGGGAGUACUACAAUUCCCGUACUGUCAGGGGCAGGAGGGGACAGGCAGUAGUAUUUGCUGCAAGUGCAAGAAUAUUAGAUGGAAGGCGAGCAACUUAUACCGGGCAGGCCCCGAUUGUGGCAUCCUACUCUUCUAGAGGUCCAGAUGUGAACAAUGCACUUCUGCAGACUGCUGAUGUCCUUAAACCAAAUGUCUUGGCCCCAGGGUCCUCUAUUUGGGCUGCUUGGAGUCCUAGCAGCGAAGGAGAUCAAUACAUCAAUGGGCAAAGUUUUGCACUUAUGUCUGGUACUAGCAUGGCGACCCCUCACAUUGCUGGCAUUGCUGCUUUGAUCAAGCAAAAACAUCCUAAAUGGGGUCCUGCUGCUAUCACAUCAGCAAUGAUGACAACUGCUGAUAGAACUGAUAGUUCGGGUGCUCCCAUUCUAGCUCAAUCAACAAACCAACUUGCUCCAGCUACUCCAUUUGAUUUUGGGGCAGGAUCCAUCAAUGUGACUCUAGCAAUUGAACCAGGACUUAUAUUCAAUGCUAAUUUCGAACACUAUGUUCAAUUUCUUUGUGCUGUUCCAGGUGUUGAUGGUAAGUCUGUGAGACAAGCAGUAGGAGUUGAGUGCCCAACUAAUAGGAAGUUCUGGUGCUCAGAUUUGAACACAGCAAGUGUAACAAUUUCUAAUUUAGUUGGAUCAAGGGAGGUCAUCCGACAAGUAACAAAUGUGGGCCAUAUGAACGAAAGAUAUAGAGUACUUGUGAGGGAGCCAUUUGGUGUGAAUGUUACCGUCUUGCCACCAGUGUUCAAAAUCAGAGGCUAUGCUUCAAGGCACCUGAAGCUCAUAUUCCAAGCAACUGGGACAACAAAUGCUUACACAUUUGGGGAAAUGGUAUUGCAGAGUAUGAUGCACACUGUAAGAGUUCCUUUAGCCGUUUUUGUAGGUUCUGCCGUAAGGUCUUGAAAUUUGUUUGAGGCAUGUCUACAAACAAUCAAACCCUCACUCUCUUAACCAAAGAAACA